GUUUUUUCACUUUUCAAAACAACAAAAAUCCUCAUUAAACAACAAAAGUGCUUUACCAAAACAUCACGAAACACGUGCUGCAUCUAAUUUGUUUCCUCCAUUCAAAAAACAAUGUCGUCGUCAUUAUCAUCACGUUCCAAACGUAUCCUAUGUACAAUAUUGAUCAUUUCAAUCAUGAUCAAUGUAUUAUUCGAACAGCAUAUGAUUGCCGAUGCAAGUCAUCGUUUAAUGAGAAAAUUAAUCAGUAAAAAAAGUAAACCAAUGUUGAUGAUGUUAUUGGGUUUGAAAAAACGUAAAAAAUAUAUGCCAAUUCCAAUACCAUUACCGAUACCGAUACCAUUGUUACCGAUUGCAUUGGCAAAAUUGGCCAAAGAAAUGGAUAAAGAUUCACAAUAUUAUUUUGUUAAAGAUGGUGAUAUGCCACCACAAAAAGUUGUUCGUAAAUAUGUUGAUCAUUAUGAUGGUAAUCAAGAAGUAUUAUGGGAUAAUCAAUGAAAACAAAAAAUUUCGUAAAAACCUCGUUUUUUAAAACUCAAAAAUUAAACUUUCUUUUCCUCAAAGUUCUCUGUUUUCCCAAAAAACUCAUUAUAAUUUUUUUAAAACCAAAUUGUAAUUUUAAAAACUUACAAAAAAAAAAUUACAAAUUUUUACAAACAAACAAAAAAUCACACACUUACACUAUCUAGUCUGACA